CUGAAAAGUAAUAUUUAUAUGUUUGUCCAGUGUUUUAAUGAAACUCCUACAAGCAAACAGAUGUGUGUAGUUUGACAGAAUGAACAAAUACUUGUUGUUCAAUGCUGAAUAAGUAAAUAAGUGGGAAGUUUUUACAUUAGUUCAAAAGAGAAAUUAUUGUAGCUUAGAGUGCCUCCAAGUCACGGCAACAUUUUUCAAAAGUUACUUUAUAGGAUAACAUUGGCAUUACAAAAUAUUAAAACGAGUUACAAUUUCCCAGAUAAGUUGUUACCAGAAGGGUCCUGAUGUUGGAGGUUUACUCUGUUAUGAUGCCAAAUCAGUUUCCAUUUCCAUGGCAACAGGGUUUGUUUCCCCUAGCAACCACUGGAGAUGUAUACAGCCACAUCAAACAGUCAAAAAUAGAACAUGAUCCUCAUCACUGGACCAAAGAUGAUGUUAUAUUAUGGCUGAAAAAGUGUGCACGUAACUAUGCAAUCGAUGAAAUUUCGCCAGAGAAAUUCAAUAUGAAUGGUUAUGCUUUGUGCAUGCUUACAAAGGAAGAUUUCUUAACAAGGUCUCCCCAUGGUGACCUACUGUACAACACUCUGCAAGAGACUCUUAAGAAUCUUCAAGAGGUGCAAGGUCUCACUCCCAAUUCUGCACACUCACCAUUAUCUAGCAUGCCACCCAGACAUAUCUUCAGGCCACCAGAGCUCCUCUCACCACCUUUGAGGCUACCAUCCAGCCCUAAUUCUCCAAUGUUGGCCCAGAGGGGCAUCAUUCACAAUACAUUAAUCUCACCUCCGAUUCGUCAAAAUUCAGAUAAACCCCCCGCUCUGUAUAUUCCACUUAGGAGGCACUCCAGUUCAUCAAUACAUUCCCCAGGCAUAGAUCUCAGUUGUCGAAGGUCACCAUUGGCAUUAUCCCCAGGACAGAGGUCAGAUUAUGGACCUGGAGAUGGCGAUCUCAGAGACAGAAACAUUGAAUUAGAUUUACAGGUGCAACAUAUUAGAGAAUCGAAGAGAUCACCUAAUUUCGAUCCACGGGGUCAGUCAGAUCAUCUUGAUCAUUUUCAACCUGGUCCAGGUUCUCACAUAUAUCAGCAGCUCCAUUCACCACCAAAUAGCAUUCGGGGUUUACACAUUGCAGAACAUGGACCAAGUGCCACUAGGGAUUUACACAUUGCAGAACAGGGACAUUCUGCAUGGAGAAUUAUAAAGGGAAACUCCCCACAACACUCUCCAAGUAGCAGUCCAAAUUGGAAGAAAAGAUUUGACAUGUAUCCUUUGAUUGCUCCAACACCAACAGGCUCAAAUGAGACUUUUGACAGAAAUUCCUAUGAAGUUAAAAGGAAAGGAUAUGAUGUACCAUAUGGGCCAUGUGAGUUCAAGUCCAGGGACUCCAAUAGUUCUCAACAAAACCUGGAAUUGGAAGCCCCAGGAGAUCUCAUUAUUGAUGACAUGAGAAGCACCCACCAGAUAGCUCCAGGUGUAUCAUUGUCACAAGCUGAUGUAGAAUUAUUCCAACGACUCAUACACGAUAAGAAACUCUUGGAGCCACUUAAAGGAGUUGAAUGUAAACUCUUAUGGGAGUUUCUCAGCAUCAUGCUUGACCGUCCAGAUCUUUAUCACGAAUUUGUAGUUUGGGAGGAUAAAUCUGACCUUACAUUUCGCAUUAUUAAUCCUACGGGUCUAGGAUUCCUAUGGGGCAUACAGAAGAACCGAACAACGAUGACAUAUGAGAAGCUUUCCCGAGCACUAAGGUAUUAUUACAAGAUGGGGAUUAUACAGAAAGUGCCACAAAAGAGACUGACUUACAAGUUCCUCAAGAAGCCCAGUGAGAUAGUUAAAGGACAACGAGGUGCUAAACCAUAUGCUCAAAGACUUAAACUUCUGAGACAACAAAAUGCAGCAGCUAAUCAAACCGGACCAAGUGAAAAUAGCGAAAAUAUUAAACAGGAGGAAUCGGAGCAGGAUAUAGAAACUGAAACAGGAGGUUCUGUAUCGGACCCCGAACUCAGCUCAAACUCAUCGACAUCAAUAUCAGAAAAUGAUGCGUUGAAAUCUGGAUUAAUAAACACAGAUGAGAUAUCAGAACCAAUGGAUUAUUCCCUCACAGAGAGCUCAAGAUAUCAAAAGCAGUCUGUUAUUGUGGCUGGUCCGCAAAGAUCAAAUAAAAAGACUUUCCCGUCUCCAUUCCUGAUGGAUACCGACAUAGAUCAUCAUACCCAUAAUGAUAGACAUAAGCGUAAUGCUAAUGUUGAAACGAAUCAGAAAUGUGUUACUAGUAGUACACAUGAUAGAGAUAACGAGAUGGAGAAUGCUGAUUCAGAUGAGGUAUUUCUUAAUGGACACAACUCUUUAACAAUUGAUGAAUCAAAAAAUGAAUUAAGGCCAAGCGUAACAAGUAGUAAUUUUGAAGGUGCUUCAAGUGAAAGUGAACCAGAAAUUUAGACACGUGGCCUUGUGCACUCAAGUUACAACAAGGUACACAAAUCGACUUCAAUUUUUACGAACAGUUUACUUGUUCACAAAUUUUGCUAGCUUUAAUGAUUUAUAUGCAGAUAAAUGAUGUACAUGUAUUUAUAAUAUUUAUCCGGAGACGUUUAGGUAGGCAAUGUACAUUUCAGAUGCUUUAUUGGACUCUAGCUCCUUAAAUGUUUAUUUCCAUUAUCAUUGGAACAUUACUCAGUUAGUCAAUGGUAAAUAUCAUUUGUCAACAUUCUUCAAAAAUAGUUGUUACUUGACCAUUUAUAGAUUUUGGUACAUACCUUAUUUUCUGAAAAUAUCAAUAAAACUUUUUCCAAAAAAUAAUGCUCUCACAUUUUUCAAUUUUAAAAGGCAAUAUAUCCUACAUACUAUGUGAGCUGUGUCUGUUGAUCAAAUAAUAACAUUUAUUUUUCUACAUUUUAUAGUUUGCACUUUUCACAUACAAUAUCUCACCCUCCCUUCUUCCAUGUAUUUAUGAUUAUCAAAAAUAAACUGAAAGUGAGGUUUCAAGUUUGUAAUCAUUAUAAAUUUAAAAACAUGUAUUAAUAGCCUCAAAUGCAUAAUGA